ACCCUAAUUCUUCUUUGUAUCUUGUGCCGCCAGAGAAAAUAAGGCAACUAGGAAUUGGCGUAAGAAGUGACAUGAUCUUCUACGAUUUCUGCAGCACAUAUUCUACACAUACGAAUAUCUAAACCAUUAAUUACACUCUAUUUCUAAAUUAUCUUGUUGACGGUUGAGAUUCGGCUAUGCAAUGGUUUAGACAAAACAAUCGGCCGCAGAGGAUCUGGUUUGGCGUGAGGUUGGAUUUUCCGUUGACGCCACGUCAAAAGAGCAGGGAUACAACUAGAAAUAAAGUUAAGGGUAGUAACGCCAACAAAAAUGAACAACUUGCAGUGUAUAAAUUCUCAGUCCCUCUUAACACAACAUUCUUCUUUGCUACACUCUCUUCUCGCGGCUAGGGUUUAAGAGCAGCUUCUUUCUUCAAGAUCUUAAUUGUUUCAAUUUAGAGGACGAAUGGGUAAAGAAAAGGUUCAUAUUAACAUUGUGGUGAUUGGCCAUGUGGACUCUGGAAAGUCCACUACCACUGGUCACCUCAUUUACAAGCUUGGAGGUAUUGACAAGCGUGUGAUUGAGAGAUUCGAGAAAGAGGCUGCUGAGAUGAACAAGAGGUCAUUCAAGUAUGCCUGGGUUCUUGACAAGCUCAAGGCUGAGCGUGAAAGAGGAAUCACCAUUGACAUUGCUCUCUGGAAAUUUGAGACCACCAAGUACUAUUGCACAGUCAUUGAUGCCCCCGGUCACAGGGAUUUCAUUAAGAAUAUGAUUACUGGGACAUCUCAAGCUGAUUGUGCUGUUCUUAUCAUUGAUUCCACAACUGGUGGUUUCGAAGCUGGUAUCUCGAAGGAUGGACAGACUCGUGAACAUGCUCUUCUUGCUUUCACUCUUGGUGUUAAGCAGAUGAUUUGCUGCUGUAACAAGAUGGAUGCCACUACACCUAAGUACUCCAAGGCAAGGUAUGAUGAAAUUGUGAAGGAAGUUUCUUCGUAUUUGAAGAAGGUCGGUUACAACCCUGACAAGAUCCCUUUUGUUCCCAUCUCUGGUUUUGAGGGAGAUAACAUGAUUGAGAGGUCUACCAACCUUGACUGGUACAAGGGUCCAACUCUACUGGAGGCUCUUGAUCAGAUCAAUGAGCCAAAGAGGCCAUCAGACAAGCCUCUUAGGUUGCCCCUUCAGGAUGUGUACAAGAUUGGAGGAAUUGGAACUGUGCCUGUCGGACGUGUUGAAACUGGUGUCUUGAAACCUGGAAUGGUUGUUACCUUUGCACCCACUGGACUGACAACUGAAGUUAAGUCCGUGGAGAUGCACCACGAAACACUCACUGAGGCUCUUCCCGGUGACAAUGUGGGAUUCAACGUGAAGAAUGUUGCUGUGAAGGAUUUGAAACGUGGUUUCGUUGCCUCAAACUCCAAGGAUGACCCUGCGAAGGAGGCUGCAAAUUUCACGUCCCAAGUUAUCAUCAUGAAUCAUCCUGGGCAGAUUGGAAAUGGCUACGCACCUGUUCUUGAUUGCCACACCUCCCACAUUGCCGUGAAGUUUGCCGAACUCGUGACCAAGAUUGACAGGCGGUCUGGUAAAGAGCUGGAGAAGGAGCCUAAAUUCCUGAAGAACGGAGAUGCUGGUUUUGUGAAGAUGAUUCCCACAAAGCCCAUGGUGGUUGAAACCUUCUCUGAAUAUCCUCCACUUGGUCGUUUUGCUGUGAGAGACAUGCGUCAGACUGUGGCUGUUGGUGUCAUCAAGAGCGUGGAGAAGAAGGACCCUACUGGAGCUAAGGUUACCAAGGCUGCACAGAAGAAGAAGUAAAUUGCGCAGGAUGGUCUAUCAGGAAAUCUGUUUUUAUGCCUGUGUUAAAUGGUGUCUUGUUGUAGACGCUGCUAUUUUUCGUGUCGGGAUAUUGUUUUGCGGAUUCCGUUUGAGGUUUUCUCCCUCAUCUCUCAAAUUUUGAUCUCAGAACUGGUUUCUUGAUCGAUGGUGUUAGGAUUUAGACUUUUUCUUUUUCUAUGCGGUAUGUUGUAAUGUGUUUUUAUGAGAACGGUUAUAGUUUUUUUAGAUACAGUGAGAUUUAGGACUAUAUAUUGCAAGUUUGGGUUUUGAA